GUCAUCAUUUCCUAACCUAGUUGUUUUGUUGUCUUUCAUUGUCUCCAAAUUUGUAAACAAAAUAGACUUAAUUAAUUAAGAGUAAAUAUUAAAUUGUGAAACCCUAGGAAAUGGGGGACAUUCUGAAGGAGAGACGAGAAAAGUCUCGUAAAAGAAAACAACUUCUCGCUCAAACUCUUGGUGUUUCAGGAGCAGAAGAACUUCGUCAAAUCUUAGGAACUGAUACUAGCCCCACUAAGAGAAAAAGCUCUGCCAGUUCGUCCAAUCAAGAGGAAGUGAAAUAUGAUUAUAAGAAAGAUACACCAGACGAAUUGGUUUACAGAGAUUCUUCGACAUUCCUUAAGGGUACUCAGUCUUCAAAUCCUCAUAAUGAUUACUGCCAGCAUUUUGUGGACACAGGACAAAGGCCACAAAAUUUCAUCAGGGAUGUGGGCCUAGCAGAUCGCUUCGAAGAAUACCCCAAACUUCGUGAAUUGAUCAAAUUGAAGGAUGAACUUAUUUCUCAAACAGCUACACCACCAAUGUAUCUUAAAGCAGACCUGUCAUCAUAUGAUUUAAAGAAUUUAAACUGUAAAUUCGAUGUAAUUUUGAUAGAACCUCCCUUGGAAGAGUAUCAAAGGUCAAUGGGCGCGACUAACAUGCAAUUUUGGACAUGGGAUCAAAUUAUUAAUCUUGAUAUCGGCGAGAUAGCUGCUCAGAGGAGCUUCGUAUUCUUAUGGUGUGGAAGUUCAGAAGGCUUGGAUAUGGGAAGGGUAUGCCUAAGGAAAUGGGGAUUCAGAAGAUGUGAAGAUAUUUGCUGGAUCAGAACAAACAUAAAAAAUCCAGGUCAUUCCAAAAAUAUUGAGCCAAAAGCAGUAUUUCAAAGAACAAAGGAACAUUGUUUGAUGGGAAUAAAGGGAACUGUCAGGAGAUCCACAGACGGAGAUUUCAUCCAUGCUAAUGUGGAUAUCGACCUAAUCAUAUCGGAGGAAAAUGAAUAUGGUAGUUUGGAGAAACCAGUGGAAAUAUUCCAUAUAAUUGAGCAUUUCUGUUUGGGUAGAAGAAGACUUCAUCUGUUCGGAAGAGAUAGCACCAUAAGACCUGGUUGGUUAACAGUUGGACCUGAGCUUACCAAUUCGAACUUCAAUGCUGAGUUAUACAGUUCAUCUUUCGCACCAACAACUCUAACUACGGGUUGUACAGAAAGAAUCGAGGCUCUUAGACCAAAGAGCCCUCCUGCUAAAAAUAAAGGAAAUUCAGGAAACAGAGGACGUGGUAAUUUUCAAAGAGGUCGUGGUAGAGGCCGUUGAUGGGAUAUUUGGAAGCAUAUCAAAGAAAUUUUCAUCUCUUUUAACGAUCCUUUCAUUUAAUCUUCAUUAGCAUAUCUUAAUUCUUAAUACCUGACUUAGGAAAUACUCUUUCUAUAAUUGAGUUUGUUCUUGAAUUGAUUUAGAUUAUAAUUGAGAGUAAAAAGUUUUUAAUUUAA